AUGUGGCUACAACUUUCCUCUGUAUUCUACACAUUUUCUGUGGGAACCCGUUCUCAUUACUUUGGUCGAACCAUCCUUCACGGUGGAGAAAAAUACAGGGCAACAGGGCGUGGUUUUGUAGUGCAUCACACCAGUUUUGCUGAGAAUUAUAGAUUAUAUGCUCGUAGUCAUUUUAUAAAGGCGAUUGAACUUGGUUUGAUCCUAAUCAUUUAUGUUGUAUAUAGCCCCGUUGCUAAAGGAACAUUUGCCUACAUUGCAUUGACCAUUUCAAGUUGGUUCCUUGUGGUUUCAUGGAUCAUGGCACCAUUUGUUUUCAAUCCUUCUGGGUUCGAUUGGUUAAAAACAGUCGGUGAUUUUUACUAUUUCAUCAACUGGAUACACUUUCGAGGUAGUGUGCUUGCAACACCUGAAGAUAGUUGGGAAAAGUGGUGGUAUGAUGAACAUGAUCAUCUGAGAACAACUAGUGUAUAUGGAAAGUGUUCAGAAAUUAUUUUGGAUUUACGAUUUUUCUUUUUCCAGUAUGGAAUGGUUUAUAAGUUGGGUAUUGUUGCUGGUAGUAAAAGCAUUGUUGUUUACUUCCUUUCUUGGAUCUGCAUGGCUAUGGUUCUUGUAGCUUAUAUGACUAUUGUAUACGCACGUAAAAAGUAUUCUGUGAGAAAACAUAUCUACUAUCGGUUGAUUCAGUUCAUUGUUAGAUUUGUUGGAUUACUUAUAAUCAUUGUUCUUAUGGUGUUCACACAGUUCAAGCUUCUUGAUCUGUUAACGAUUCUGUUGGCCUUCCUUCCCACUGGGUGGGGUGUUCUUUUGAUUGCCCAAGUGUUCCGAACCAUUUUGGAGAAAGCUCAGUUGUGGGAGACUGUUGUCUCGAUUGCACGCAUGUUUUCUUUCAUCUCCCUCCUACUAAAAUGGGUGGUGGCUGGUGAGCAUAGCAUGGUUGCCAUACUACCUGUACUUGCUAGUAAAAGGAGUAUAUGCACCUCCAAAUGCCAAGCAAAGGCCAUCCAUUGCUGA